CUAAAAUUUUUAACCACGCCACUGAAAGCUUGUUAUUCAUUGUAAUUGUAUCAUACUGCAUGUAUUGAAAUUGUAAAUAUUUAAAACUCGCAAAAUGCCGAAACAAGACUGCAAAUACUGGGAAAAGUGUUAUCAGCGAAAUCCAGACCAUUUGUCAAAAUAUAAUCAUCCCCCAAAGGAAGAAAAGGAGGAAAACGGCUCGGAUAGCAAAAAAGUGGCGCCAAAAAGAAGUGCAUCCUCGCAGUCAGAGGAAAAAGAUAAGCCAAACACCAGUAGCUCAAGUGCGGAGAGUGGAAACAUAAAGGACAUUCAAGAAGAGCCCCGGGGAAGCUAUGAAUCUGAAACCGCCGAGCUGCAUAGAGAGGCCAUGAACAAUAUUGCUGGCAAGAACUAUAUGGAAAUUCUGGAGAAGCGCAUCCGAUUAUCAGUCCAGCAAGAGUACGAUAAUCUCUGCCAGUCCAAUGAAUUUAUCCGGCACAAGUUCUUGGUUGAAAUGCCGCCCGACUUUUACGAAUUCUGGAAAUUUGUGGGCACCUUAAAGAACGACCAGUCCGAGAAAAACACAGCGGGUCUGGAUCAUCUGGAAAAAGUAUUUCAGUUGCAGCUAGUGGGUCCCUUUGAAUUCCUGGCCGGAAAAUUUCAUGGGGCCAAGAUGGGAGAACCUGGAGACUACUUGCGACACUGGCGUUUUUAUUACGAUCCUCCAGAGUUCCAAACCAUUUUCGUGCGCAAGAACACGGGAGUCCACUAUGGUUACUGGAGAGAUGUGCCACAGGAUAAGGAUAACCUGUUGAUUGCCAGAAACGAUUCCACACAAGGAUGUGAAUUUACGUUCAUAGCUGGAAACAUUUUCGAUGCAUUUUUAUAUUAUUUGGAGAAUGAUUUUGUGGGUACACCGUUCACGGCAAACCAGGUUGCUGGAACAAAGAAAUCGGUUCAAAAGUACUUGUCGGAUCAGUCCCUCGAAUUGCCACAACUGGAUCGCCUUCAGAGGGAUCGAAACAAGCGUGUGGUGGCCAAAACAUUCCAUAGAGCUGGAAUUGUUGUGCCGCUCGAUAAAAAAUCCCAAAUGGGGUACCGCCCGCUUUCCGUAAGCGAUGCUGAAUUAAAGAAAAUGCUGGCUUUGCUCGAACGCAAGGACAUCGAUAAUGGAUCUGCCAAGCAGGCAGUGCUGGAGAAACUUCAGCCGAUAGCCAAUGCGGCCACCAUUGCAGUAGACGAGUCGGAUUUUGGAACCGCUCUAGAGUUCGGCAUCGACAUGUUUAGCAGUGGCCACAAGGAGUUGCACAUGCUUGCCUCCUCCUUGUUGGUUCCUGCAUAUUCAAUGCUCUCCCGGCCGCAGUUCAUCGCAAUAGCCAAGGCGCACAUGGAGCAGCGGCGAAGGGAGCUGAACCUCAGCAUAUUUGAAGUACUAAAGUAAUUAUAUUGAAAUAUAUUUUUAUUCCAUAACCGCACCAUUUUUAAAUGAAUUAAAGUUAUAUGGAAACACA